UAAAGAUUUCAUAUAAAAUCGCGCUGAAACUAGCUUCAUUUAGUUUUCUGUUUCUGUGCGAAGAUGUCGAAUUUCUCAUUCUAUGUGCUUGCAGUGCUAGCUGCAUUGGGAUGUCAACUGUGUCUGGUGAACAGCGUUUGCAACGAAUGUCAGCCUCUGAAUGAUGCGGCAUGCAUCAACGAAACAUCAUUUCAUUUGUGUUUUGGUAGCUCCACGCCGAAUACUGAUCAGACAUUUACGUGCCCCGAUGGCUUGGUCUGCUCCCAACAACCGAAUAUUUGCUUUCAACGCUCCGAAACUCCAGCUAGCUGUGGUGAUACUGACAGUUGUGGCCUAUGCAACUCCGAUUAUGUGUUUGCUUGCACCUCUCUCACCACAUUUUCUCUCUGCUAUGGGGCAACAACGCCAUCGACUACGAAUGGAACUUGUCCCGACGGUCGCUUUUGCGACGCCUCCAGUUCCAACAUCUGCGUUACAACUGUGACUGACGAUUCGAUUAUUUGCCAUCUGACUUAAAAUUAAAUAUUGGUUUCAAAUAAAAUAUAAACAAAAACAAGGAAAGUCACAAGUGCUGCCUGCCAGAAACCAGUUCACAGUUUUAGAU